AUGGCACGCUGGAGCACCUUCGGCUCAGAAAGGCGCCGAUGGGACCCAACGUUCCAUCGCAUCGUGGACAUCGGCGCAGGGCACGGCCGCACUGCCGCAUGGCUCACCCAAGCAUGGGACUUUGAGGUCACAGCUGUGGACGUGGUUCGGCCGCAGAGCCCGGAGUUCAACGUGGAGUUGUUUGACGGGCGGACGCUACCGCUGCCGGACAAGAGCCGCGACUGUGCACUUUUUUCUUUCGUGCUGCAUCACUGCCGGCAUUUUGAGUUGCAACGAGCGCUCCUAAUGGAGGCAGCGCGGGUGUCAAAAAGUUGGGUCGUGAUAUGUGAAGACACGCCAGAGGAGACUGUGCACUGGAAAGGCACACGAGGCCACGACCAUCUCGGCCAGUUCCAUCCAGCAGCAGAGUGGCGAAAGAUGUUCAGCAAGAUCGGGUUCCGGAUCUUGCACCAGGGCCCUCUGUGGGAAGGUCCUCGAAAAGGUCCUAGCCCGUACUUCUGCAAGCGAAGCUACUUCAUUCUGGAGGUUCCAGCGGGUCUCUGUGCCGCCCUCAACCUGUGCGGCUUCGGGUGGCUCCGCAUCUUCGGCAGCUGUGCCUUUGCCUCACCUCAGGUCCACAGCCACCUGCUGGACUUCACGGUCUCUCUGGUUGUGUCCUGCCAGCACGAGGGCCGGCCGCAGACCAAAUCUGCAGCCUGUCAGAUGACGAACGCCAAGGAGUGUUUGAUGAGCAGCUUCUGCAUCGCAUUUCUGCGGCUUUUCUUCAGCCUUGCGCAGGAUUGCUUGACGCGGCCCUCAAGCAAGAUCCCGCUGGAGCUGAGUCUCAGAAGCAACUAG